AUGGGGAGCACUGUCCCGCUGGAGCACUACAAUUUGACCUCCGCCGCCGCCGCCAAUUCAUACAUCGAGACCUCCCUGAACGACGACGUCAAUGACCCCGCCGCGGAUGACGUCACCGAUGACAACGACCGGUCAUCUGCUGUAGUCAGUGAUUGCAUGCACGAGCCGUACCAGAGCUCCUUACCACUUCACAGCAUUGGUAUAGAGGAUGAUAGGGGGAGUCUUGAAAACAAUGGAUCCUCAACAGGUCCAUACCCCCUUUUGACGAUUGAUGAUGUCUCGCCAAUAGAAACAGCUAGAGCGAGGUUCCUGGACAUCAUUGUAGAUCAUUUUAUCGAUACUCAUGUGAUUGAAAUGUCGGACUACGAUGCUGAUUACAUGGUACAGCAAUCCUCCCAAGACCACUCAAACAAGAGGAAGUCCCGGGAGAUCAGAUAUGAAGGCGAUGCCCGCUAUGCUUUGCCCUUAAUGUAUGUUGCUAAUAUGUAUGAAACAUUGGUCAAUGAAGUUAACAUGAGAUUAUCAUCAAUGGGUGGUAUGCGCGAAAAGACAAUUGGCGUGGCCCUUGAAGCCGCUGGUGGAUUGUAUCGAAAGCUCGCGAAGAAAUUUCCAAGAAAAGGUUCUUGUGCGUUUAAAAGACGGGAGUUAGCGACUUCUUUUGAAACAAGAUCAAAGUUUCCUGAGUUAGUAAUACAAGAGGAAAAGCGUGUUCGUUUUGUGGUGGUAAAUGGCUUGGUUAUCAUUGAAAAACCAACAAAGAUGGAUAUGAAUGAUGCUGAGUGGUUCAAAAGAUUAACUGGACGAAAUGAAGUUGCUGUUUCUGCUAGAGACUACAAGUUCUAUGCUCCAAGACACAAGUAUAGGCGUGUCGUGUCAAACUCCAUCUCAAACAUGCCCGGGUUGCCUGCAUUCUCUAGUCCUGAAAAUUCUUCUUCUAUGGCAACUUCUCAAGGCUAUCACCCACCAAAUGAAACAUUGGGGCAUCAGUCUCAAUUCCAUCCUCUGCAUCACCAAAGUUCCCAAUUCAUGCAACCACCACCUCAGCUGCCCGAAAUUUCUCAGAACCAGCAGGCAGCACCCAUCUCGCACCACCAUAUUGCCUGUUUACAGUCUCUUGGUCAUGUUGGGGGGCGUCUUCAUGUUAUGCCAACGAGUCCUGCAAAGUUCUGUGAUGAAUGUGGUGUUCCUUACCUUAGGGAAACCUCAAAAUUCUGCUCAGAAUGUGGUACCAAGAGGUUGGGGACCUGA